AUGGAUAUUCCUUUUGAACGGAGCCAGCCAGACCCCCGUGCAGGCCAGAAUGACUUUAUAGUACAGCUUGAGGAAGGGACUUUUGAUGGAGCGAAGACUAUUCAGCAGUCGUGAGAGUUUAUAAUGGAGGAGUAUGUCAGAAGGGGGGAUUGGGAGGAAGUUAAGGGGCAGGAUGGACAGGAUUUGGGAGCGGCUGUGGAUUAUAAGCAAGUACAUGAGUUUUUGGAUAUGCAGACAAGUCAGUUAAAGGAGGUACUGGAUAAAAUGGAUGGAGAGAUUGUGGAGCAUGGAGUCAGUCAGAAUACAGAAUCUUUUACUUUAGAUAUUGAAGAUAUUGAGAAGAUGUACAAUAAUUCCACAAAACUGGUUAACCACAUGGAUAGGAAUAUCUCUACUUUCCUUUUUAAUGAAAAGCUAUCAGGAGGGUCUCAGACUGUGCAUGAAAGGCUAAAAUCUUUAGAUACUGAGAAGAAGAACUAUAAGCUCACCUCUGAUAUUGUAACUUUAUUUCAAAAGCUUAACACAAACUCAGACCAAAGCCUGGAAAUAAUACAUGAUCUGACUAAAAACAACAGCUAUGCGAAAGAGAUACAUAUCCUUGGUGAAAUGAGCAAGGACAUUGUCAAUUCUGACUUUAUGAUAGCUAAAGAAAACUGCAUCAGUAUGCAUAAACAAUUUAUCCAAAGACUAGAACUUGAGUUGGAAGAUCUUCUGGUUGGAAAAGGCAAAUCUGAUAGAAACAAGAAUUCACACUCUGCAAAUGCAGAAGCUCCUGUGUACAACAUGGAAACACAGAAGAUAAUCGGAGUUUUUGAGACUAUCGGAAGACUUGAAAAUGCUGUGAGAAUAUAUACAGAUUUCUUUAUAAAUGAGUUAAAAAUCAAACCAAUCUCACCUAAUGAGACUAAUGAGAAGAUUUAUAAACAGUUCAUUGAAACUGUACACGAAGAUAUCCUCAUGAGAUUACAGAGAGAAUUCUCUCUGACUAAUGGACGUUUUAAAGAAGGUUUUCCUCAUCGUGCAAGGUUCAGUAACUCAUUGCUUCACAAAUACUUAACCUGAAACUAUAAGUCAUUCAUUUUGACUUUCCUUGAAACAGAGGGGAGAUCAAAGGAAACUUUCUGCUGCAUCUUGUACACAGCUAUAAUUUCUUUCAAAAAUUUCAAACAGAAGAUCUUAUUAGUAACAAAGCAGCUUAAGAUAGGGAAUGAAACCUCGAUUGAAAACAUUUUAGAAGAGAUCUUCAUUCCUUUCAGAAAAAUGUAUUUGACCAAAGAGCAAGCUGUGCUAAGAAAUAAUGUGGGUGAGAAGUUGCAAGAGAAGAUAACAGAGAUUCAGAAAAUCAAGAUGCCAGAAAUCAUCCUUGAGCAUGAAAGAAAUUUCUUUGAUAAAAUCAAUAUUGUUGGGAAAGGACUAGGAGGCCAGGCUGAUAAAGAUAAUUUCUUCUUCAAACUAGCAAUGGUAGUUCAUACUUCUGCAUUGAUGUUGGAAGAUGAUAAUGGAGGAACAAAUCAUUCCUUAGGAAUAAGCGAAAGAGUUCUUGACAUUCCUCUUGAAGAAGACCUCGAGAAGACUGUGAAAACAAUUGUUAACUUAUACUUUGAGUUGAUAAAUAAUUACUUUAUGGAACUCUGAUCGAAGAUUACUGAAUAUUUAGACGCUAUUGAACAGGAACAAGGUAUGAUACCUGAUAAGCCUGCUGAAGAGGAAAAGAAAUUAAUAUUCUUCAAAUCAAGACACUCUGAUCAGUUAGUAUCUCAAAAAGCAAGCUACAGGCCUCCAGUUGAAUACUUCAAAUUUGUCUUUUCAUUAGAAAAAUUAGUCCAGGUCUGCAUGGGUAAAGUAACUAAGAUCUUACAAAGAAUAAGCUCUAGAAAAGAGCUGAUCAAAAAUAUCGAGGUUGACAGAGAAAGUAUCCUUUCAAACAUGGCUACUUUGAUAAAAGUGGCGAAUCAAGAAAUAAUCGAGAAGAUCAAUCUUCACUGUCAUUACAUUCUAUCUAAGUGUUUGAGAAAAUUGAAAUCAGCAAAGAAGGCUGAUAUUGUUGAAGUAAAUGCUAUCGCAAGAGAUGAAGUCAAAAGCUUUAUUCAACCCUUCUUCAAGAUUCUUUCUGACCAAGAUGACCACACUCAUAACGCUACAAGGCUUCUACAGUCUCUUGCAGGGAACACAAUUGAGACCCUUCUUGUAUAUUAUAAAAAGCCUGAUCUUGUCGUUAGUAAAAAGCCCCAGAGCUUAUCUGUAUUUAAAGAGGACAUUGUAGCCUAUAAUGAGAUAUUCCAGGACAUAAACUCAGAAAAAGUAGCAAUAAUGUAUGAGAAAUUCAAAAGACUUGUUAAAGAAUAG